AUGGAUGGGCAUGAAAUGCCUCCAGCUGUUCCUCCCAGACGAAAACUGAAGAAAAGUGAUCAGCAGCAACAGCAAUCUACUCAUCAUGCAGCUAGUAAUGGUCUGCCACCAACACCCCAGGUUCAUAUGGGUGCUUGUUUUUUAAAAGUUUUUAAUGGCUGCCCUCUUCACAUUAACUGUACAGCAAGUUGGGUACAUCCUGAAACUAGAGAUCAGUAUAUUUUCAUAGGUGCCAAUGAAGGUCUUUAUACUUUAAAUUUGAAUGAAAUUCAUGAAUCUACAAUGGAUUUGGUGCACGCAAGAAGAUGUGUCUGGCUGUACGUGAUAAAAGAUAUAUUAAUGUCCCUGUCAGGCAGAACAACCUACUUGUACAGACAUGAUCUCAUGACGUUACAUGCACGCCAGACUAGUCGGUUCUCUUUAUCAAUGAAUAAAAUUCCAGAAAAACUUGUGCCAAGGCGCCUGCAAGUGACAACGAAAGUCUCUGACACCAAAGGCUGUACAAUGUGCUGUGUUGGCAAGAAUACAUACAAUGGCUACCGCUAUCUUUGUGGCGCUUUGGCCAGUGGCGUCAUUCUCAUGCAGUGGUAUGAGCCACUCAGAAAGUUUAUGUUGCUCAAGACUUUUGAAACUGAUCAAAUGCCAGCCCAGCUGCCAGUAUUUGAAAUGUUUAUCUUGCCAGAGCUGGAGUAUCCUUUGGUGUGUUAUGGAGUUCAGAGAGGGCAUGAUGAUAACCAUGUGAAGUUUGAUCUGUUAAACUUGAACAAUCUGGCAGAUUGGUUUACAGAUGUGGACCCCACAGCAGAAUACUUACCAGUGGUGAAUAUAACACAGAUUCAGAAGGAUACAGUUCUUGUUUGUUAUGAUCAAUAUGUCAAAGUGUUCAGUUUGAAUGGCCGAUUAAAGUCCAGCAGAAGGCGGCAAGCAAAACUUCAUUUUGAUUGUGUGAUAGUUUCCCUAGUGACUCUGCAAGAUAGUGUUCUGGCUUUUCAUAAGCACGGUAUGCAAGGUAGAAGCUUCAGAGCAAAUGAGGUAACACAAGAGAUAUGUGAUAAAACUCGAAUAUUCAGACUUCUUGGGUCAGACAGAAUCAUAUGUAUUGAAAGUCGACCCACUGCCGACCCCACGGCAGACUCCAGCCUGUAUGUGCUGGCUGGUCAUGAGAACACUUACUGA